UGCCUUUGCAUUCCUCAGUGGGGUUUUGACCUGUCGUGUAGCUUAGCAGCAGAGACAUUAGCUGAUUGAAUGUUCAUGUUCAACUGUUGUUUGUCCUCUCAGUAUUAGUCAGACAUCAAGAUUGAUGUCCUUGUAAGUUGCUUGUGCACUUCACGUAUUUACACCAUUGCCACAAAGUCAGUGAACGUGAAACUUCUGGACUCGUUUGAAUUGGAUAAUGCAAUGUCUUAGAACUGCAACAUUUGACCUAAGCGUCAGAUAAAUAUGAUCGACUUGGCACUUCGCUCUCAAUGUGAACUCGUUCUGUGUCCCAAAAGAACAAAACGAUGCGAAGCACGACAACUCACCACCACCACCCGGGAUCACAGAUCAGGAGAAGGAGAUGGCAGCCGGUGCUUAUGAAGCGUUUCAGGUAAACGUUCACGUCUUAAUAUUAAACGUGCUGCUAUACCUCUGAAGGCAUUCUUGGCAAACAAAAACAAUUGUAAUUUUAAUUGUAUUUUUUGCUUGUUUAGCUUAGUAUAGUUAGCGCACGUCAUAUUUUCUCCCACAAACUGCCCUCUUUCAUUUACAUUAUGAAAUGUUCAAUCUUGACAAAUACAUUACAUGCCUAAAAUCUAAAUAUCGAUGUUAACUUCAUUAAUGUUCUAACUACGUUGUAAUAAGAUGACAUACCUAUUUAGUUAUUUAAAAGGUCGAAUUUUAGCUUUUUUUAAUGGUGUCUAAAUGAUACUGAAUUGUGCAGAAUCUUCUCUGUUGAAAAACUCCACAGCAUCAACUUGAAAACUCUCCCAGUUCACUUACUCAUUUCUAUGUUAAAUCAAAACUAAAUGAACAGCAUCUCAUUUAACUGUUCACUUUUUGUUUGACUAUUUAAUUAUGCCACAUUUAUUGAUGUACUUGAAAUAUUACUUGAAUCAUGUGUGUUAUAAAAGGUGUUUCCCAUUACCAAUGUGGAAUAGGUGAAUAGGUAGUGUUUAAUGAAAAGGCUCCAUAUGUUCCAUUUCAUUUCUACAUCUAAGAUACAAGAAGAAAUAAUUAAUAAAUUAAUGGUUUUACCGUGAUAUCAUAUGAGUGCAUUUGGAUUGAAUAAAGAGUUGCAAUUGAAUUGAAUUAAAUUGACGUAUUUGUAGAUAAUCACACUCACCGAGUUAUGGAGCACCGUGUCGGUGUGCAGUUCAUGCCGCCAGGAUACAGAUUAAUGCGUGUGCUGUCAGUGGUGUAUAUAUAACUACUGGUAGGCCAGAGUUCCAGGGUAAUUUAUUUAUCACCAAUUAUACUCGUCAUUGCUGAUUAAUUCAUGUGUCUGUGAUGUUUGAGCCCCGUGAAUUUCUUGUGAUGGUGACAUGGCUUCAAACCUAAUAAGCCAUAACAAUACCGUUUUGGGAUGAAGUAUCUUAAAUCGCAGUAAAUGCUUAAAAGGCACGUUUUCUUCUUCAAAGUGAGCAGAUUUCUGACAACAAAGUCAUACAGUCAAGUGGACCAAUCAGAGCAGUGCACUGCGAGUUGGGCUCAUCAGAAGGCCAUUUUCCUGCCUUUGUUUUCUCCACGUUCAUAAGUUUGCUUUAGCCUGGAAAAGGUUACAUUUGCACAUUCUGACAUUUUUGGAAGCUACAGCUAGGCUAAAGCAAUUUUCUGAUAAAUAUUGAUAUCUGUCUGCAUUUUAGCUGCAAGCAUUGCUUUAUAUUCUUGGAUAUUCUAACAGUUUGCAGUGACUACUAUUGUUGCCUUUAAUGCAUGGUCAAUGAUAAAGCCUUUUUGUUAGCUAAUGUUACUCAUCAUCGAAACUGGUCUUUCUCUCCCAUUGUGAUACUCACACACAGCCUAAGACUGCCAGGUACGAUGAAUCCCUCAAACACCUUGCUGCUCUCCAAGAGCUAACCAAAGCAGACUACAAGAUUGCUAUGAAUAAAGCUGUUGUUGAGUUUUACAAAAGUGGCCAGACCACCACUGGAGCCCUGAAGCAGAAGCUGCUUGCAAUAAAGAACCAGGUACACACUACUGCAGAGGAUGUAGAUGGUCUGGACGAUGUGGAGAAUAGUUUGCUGUAUUACAAUCAAGCCGUCAUCCAUUACCACAUGCGACAGUACUCCGAGGCCAUCUCUGUCGGGGAGAAGCUCUACCAGUUUCUGGAGCCAUUUGAAGAGAAGUUUGCUCAGGCAGUGUGUUUCCUGUUGGUGGACCUGUACCUGCUCACCUUCCAGCCAGAGAAGGCGCUCCACCUGUUGGCUGUGCUUGACAAGCUCUCAGUCCAAGGAGGCAAUAAGAACAGCAAAGGGGAGCUCAACAGUUCCAGCAAAGACAUAGGGAGCCAGAAAGCAGAGUUCACAGCCUUGAUAGAGGCGGCAAAGUCCAAAAUCCACCAGUACAAAGUCCGAGCCUACAUCCAGAUGAAGUCGUCCAAAGCCUGUAAAAGGGAGAUUAAGUCUGUGAUGAACACAGCGGGAAAUUCUGCUCCCUCACUAUUCCUCAAGAGCAACUUCGAAUACCUAAGAGGAAACUACCGUAAGGCCAUAAAACUGCUCAACAGCUCGAACAUUGCGGAGCACCCUGGUCCCAUCAAGACAGGUGAAUGUGUACGAUGCAUGUUCUGGAACAAUCUAGGCUGCAUCCACUUUGCAAUGGGUAAACACAACCUGGGCAUUUUCUACUUCAAGAAGGCACUGCAGGAGAACGACCACACCUGUGCGCAGCUUGGAGAUGGCAGCAAUGGUCAAUCUAAGAACUUCACAGGCAUCCCCAUGUGUGCACUGCUAGCUAACAAGCGCUAUGAACUUUUGUACAACUCUGGCAUCCAGUUGCUGCACAUCGGUCGGCCUUUAGCAGCUUUCGAGUGUCUGGUGGAGGCAGUGCAGGUUUAUCAUUCCAAUCCACGUCUGUGGCUACGGCUCGCCGAGUGUUGUAUCCUGGCUAACAAAGGGGGUUUGGAGCAGGAGAGCAAAGGUCUACCGUGUAAAAAAGGAAUUGUUCAGUCUGUUGUUGGUCAAGGUUACCAUCGCAAGAUUGUGUUGGCGUCACAGUCUGCACUCAACACUGUCUACAGUGAGGGCCAGUCGGCAGCUAUCCCUGUAGCAAGUAUGGAGUUUGCAGCCAUCUGCUUAAGAAACGCACUGCUGCUCCUCCCUGAACAGCAGCAGGAAGUCAAGACGGAGAACAGCUCCAAAAUGUCCACCCAUUCAGGUAGCACUGAGAGCUGCAACGAGAACAGCGACACCUGCAGUGGGAAGAGUGCAGAAUCUGACAAGUUGUUUCCUGCACCACCUUCAUCUCCUCUAAGGAAACAGGAAGUUGAAAACCUCAGGUGCUCCAUCCUAGCUUGCAGUGCUUAUGUUGCCUUGGCACUGGGAGACAAUCUGAUGGCUUUAAACCAUGCAGAGAAACUGCUGUAUCAGCCAAAGGUCUCAGGGUCACUCAAGUUCCUGGGUCACCUCUAUGCAGCCGAGUCCCUCAUUUCACUUGACCGGAUCUCUGAUGCCAUCGCCCACCUGAAUCCUGAGAAUGUCACAGACGUGUCCAUGGGAGUGCUGAACACGGAGCAGGACCAAGGGUCGGAAAAGGGGGAUGAGCCUGUGGAAUCAUCAGGGAAGCAGACCCAGUUAUGCUACCCCAGCUGUGUGACCUCGGCCCGGGCCAUGAUGCUCUUCAACCUCGGCAGUGCCUACUGCCUCAGGAGCGAGUACGACAAGGCCCGCAAGUGUCUGCAUCAGGCCACGUCCAUGGUCAACACCAAAGAGAUUCCUCCUGAAGCCAUUCUGCUGGGCGUCUACUUGGAGCUGCAGAAUGGAAACACCCAACUGGCUCUGCAGAUCAUCAAGAGGAACCAGCUGAUGCCCACCCUGGUCCAGAGGGUCUCCCCGCCUGAAGCCCGCAAGAAAGCCAUCCAGCCCAUCCAGCUCCCGUCAUCCUUCACACAAGUGCAGCGCAAGUGAGCCCCCAUCACUCGACCCACAGCACAGCGCCGCCUGCUGCUGACAGAUGGACUGAGUUCACACUAGCUCCAGCUGUCUUUUUAAUUUUGAACUGUUUUGGCAAUUAAAUACAUUUUAUUUACUGUAAA